CUGGCAUAAAACAGACUGCCGUCUCUGAGCUCCAGUCAACCUGGACGGCUGAGAGCACAAACACACUCUUGGGCAGAUGAGGAGUUGUGAUAUUGACACCAGGGCAGCCACAGACUGUGAGAAUAACAAUGCAGCAUCUGGCGUAUCAACCCCUGCUUCCCACCGGAAACAAAUAUCUUCAGCAGAAAUGGGACAAGGCUUCAUAUGAUUUACACAGGAGGAAGGUCGAGUCAGCUAAACCAACAAUAAACAUGACUCCACCAAAGACCUAUGGUCACCUGGUUCUAAAGCUGAAGAAACAAAAGCUUGAAGAGGAGUGGACAAUGAAGAUUCAGAGGGAAAACAAUAUGCUUAUGGAAAAAAUAUCACACAUCAUGAGGACAACUGGAGGGGUUGACAACAAGAAUUACUGUGACAGGAAAAGCCUUGGCAAGGAGAAGCGACAGCUGGAGUUGCUCCGUAUUACCAAGGAGAAUCAAAUGAUCCUGUUUCGCCUGAGCCAGUGCAGGCCUCACUACAGUGUGAGGAGCUGGCAUGAGGACUGGCUCAAAACUCUUAAAGUGAUGGACAGCAUUGCACGUUACCCAAGAGGAAGAGCAAAACAGCAAACGGAACAAGACAAACCCAAUAAGCAGAUAAGUGGUUGUGAGAAAGAACAAAAGAUAAGCACAGAUGCAACCACACACAGUCCUGCAAGCAGCAAGACAAAUGGCAAAACAGGAUCUGAAAAAAAUGAAAAGAAGAAAGAAACCGGCAAGAAACAAGAUACAGCAACAGAGAUACAACAGGACACAGAUACACACCCUGUUCCCUGAACCAGAUGUACCUGAGAAAUUCAUCUCAUCAGAUACACCUGGUCCUUCUGACACAAUUCAAAUUACAACAUAUAACACAAUUACAACACCCUCACUCUGUUGAACUGUCCUUGGCAUCUGAUGGAUCUAAAAUGUCCCACACCCCUCACACACCUAACAGGAAACAGGAAACCACAAACACAGAGGAAGGAUAACCUGCCUUGUUGUUUUACCUGAGUUAUAUACGUUGUUCUGCACAGUAAAGAGACUCUACUAUUAGCAAUUUGGACGAAGACAUUCUCAACUCCAGAACUCAACCCAGAUAUUGUAUGAGCUUUUGUACUGAUUUAGUUUAAAACAGAUCGGCAGUAGUACUUUGUAUAGGUUCUGUACUGAGACAAUAUCAUAAACACAAUACUACUG